AGCUAAAAAAUAGAUUGUUCCUCAUAAAUGCCUCCUAACAACACUGUUAACUGUUAAGUCCUGAAAGCUCACAUUAACUCAGUAUGGAGGAAAUGCCACAGUAUGUACCAACCUAGUAGUGGUGCAUGAAUAAAUACAUGCAGAUCUCAGUAUUUACACUCUCAUAUACCAGGGCCAUGUCCUUAAAAACACACAGGCAAACACACACACACACACACAGUCCGCUGCUGAUUGAUGAGGUGGGUGGAGUUGGUAGACAGACAGAGAGAACAGAGCAGCGGUCUUUCAGCAUGAUCCAUUUUCUCAUCAAUAACUCUUAUAAUCCUGAACACCAAGAGAACGCGUUCCUGUAUUACCCAAAUGAGACCACACCAUUCUGCAGUCAGUUCAGGGAUGGUAAGUGGUACUGCUCUAUCCUGCUGGUCUUAUUUGUCAUCGGUCUACCAGUGGGGUUGCUGGGUAACAUGGCGGCCAUUGUGAACUACACCUGCUGUCAACGGCCUUGGAACACAGGGACGGUUUUCUUGCUAAACUUGGCGCUAUGUGAUAUCUCCUGGCUCCUUUUGCUGCCAUUUACAUUUUACUUCACCCUACGCCAGCCGCAUAUAAAACGCAUGAAUAUCUUCUGCCAGUUCAAGAGGAUCUUCUUCAACAUCAAUGUGUAUGGUAGCAUCUUCUUCCUGGUUCUGAUAAGUUUUGAUCGUUACACUGGCACGGUUCACCCACUCAGCUCCCUGCGCUGGUGGGAUGGCAAAAAGGCCUGCCUCUGCUCCCUUUUCACCUGGAUCAUCCUCAUUUUGGGUUCCAUUCCUGAUUUAUUCAUGACCUUUGACGUGAAUCGCCCUGGCAACAUUACAGUCUGCAUGGACCACAUCCACGGCCCAUUCUCUUAUGUCACGACCAUCUCGCUAAUGCGCACACUGGUGGGUUUCCUGCUGCCAUUUGUAGUGAUGGGCGCCUUUUACACCCAGAUGGUAAAGGUGUUGAGGAGCAUGUCAGGACGGAAGGCCUCUAGAAGGCAGAUUUUGCCUUCCCGCAGAACUGGGAAGCCUCUCAUUCUCAUCACAGCAGCUUUGUUGGUUUUUUUGUUGUCUUAUGCCCCCUACCACAUCAUGAUUGUGACUUUAGUGUUCAUGCGAUUCAUUGGCAAGGUGACGACUGAAAACAUGAACACACUCUACAUAGCCUAUGAGUUCCUGGAGGCCUUGUGCAGUGUGAGCAGCUGUCUGGACCCUGUGCUCUACAUUCUUGCCAGCCAGCACUUCCAGCAGAGAUGGAGGAGGCAGAAGAUGGCCAUGGCACGCCUGUGCUGCAGGGACACCAGGAGGGUGGGUGUUCAGAAUCCACUGUGAGAGGGAAAGAAGUCUGACAGGGAAAUUACUCUGGCAGGAUUUUUUUUAACAGUGGUGAUUUUGGCCUUGUGUGUCUAGGAAGCAUUGCCCGCUUUAUUCAUGUGCAGAAAUAAAUAUUUAUCUAAAUUCAAAUAAUUCAGCAGAAUUCACCAAAAAAAAGUGCCAAAAACUGACAUGUUAACCAACUGAUUGACCCCAAAAUUAUUUUUGGGGUGAAAAUUUAAGAAGUACUAUCUGAAAUCUCCCAGCAUAAUCAUCUUUUUGAAUUAAGGUCUACAAAGCAUACAUAUGUCUAAUUAUCCUAAUAAAGCCUGCCAGCUUCUAGUUUCUGGACUUAAGCUAAAGUCCUUGCUCAGAGGCCCAAAAGUGGCAUUAAAAUCCUGUAUCCUACCCUUCUAACCAGAGGUCCAAAGCUGUAACCACUGAGCCACUACUGCCCUUUUCAAAAUUCCACUGUAUUCAUUGAUUUGUUCAACCAGAUUUGGUGAAUUCUGCUGAUUGAUUUGAAUUUUAGCAAACAAAAAUUAUUUCUGAAAAAUACAACACCUCUGGAUCCAGAGAAAGAUUAUUUUACAGGUUAUUUUACUUGUGUACAGCACAUACUACACUAAUCAACACUGGAUUUUAAAUCAAGUCAAAAUUUAUUCUGACUAAUAUUGGAAACAAAUGAAGAAAAAAAUACUGUGAUUGAAUAUUGAAGAGCAAAAGCCUUCUCAUUCUUCUUGAGCCUUCUUGAGCUUGAGUCUCAUGAUAGCACUGAAGUGCACUGGCAUUCAGAGGCUCAUUGGAAAUUUGUGGAAUUUCAUUCAUCAUUGUCACAUUUUUAAGAAAGACCUAGGAAUGAUAAAGGAAGGAGAAACUCCUAUGGAAAUUUAACCUGUGGGAGAACCAGCAUCUUCUGCUUUUCUGAGUUGCCAAAGGUAGGAUUAAUGUGUUUCAGAGUAAGUUGAUGUGUGAUGAGUAAUGUUAGAAGUGUGUAAUAAAGUUUAUCGUAGUGCCUGCUAUCCAGUUUGUGAUUUUCACAUGCAACUGAAUCAAUUGAUUCUUGUUGGUCUGCAGCCAAAGACUGCACAAUUAUACUGUAUGUUAAUUGUAUUUGUUAUUACAACAUCACUGGUUUUUGAAAUCCGAUUUUAGAGAAAGUUGAUUAAAUUCCAGAGUUUGUGUAGUUAUUAUAAACUGAAAUUCAAGCAAUUCUCGAGGGCAAUUUAAUCAUUUAUUCGGUUAUAGUUUCUGCAAAACAUAUUUUAAAGAAAUGGUAGAAACUAAACUUUAUAACUGGAUGAAGUUGAAUAUUAUUGUUAUGAAUCCUUAUAGCACUGUAAUUUGCAUUAUUAUAUUUCAAUACUCAAAAGUGUAAGCCUUUCUUGGCUAUAUAUAUUUAUACAAAACAAUAACAUGAAUAACCUUGCAUCCUUAACACACUGUAAUUUGCAUUAUUAUAUUUCAAUAGUCAAAAGUGUAAGCCUUUCUUGGUUAUAUAUAUUUAUACAAAACAAUAAGAUGAAUAACCUUGCACCUUGCAUCCUUAACA